AUGUCGUCAUUAUGUAGUAAUGAUUCAGUUAAAAAUGGUUUAGUUCAUAAAUGUCCAAGGUCAUCAAUAGUUGCGCCUUAUUUGUUUGGUGUUGCUUGUCAUGAUAUUCUUGUAUUAUGGAAAUGUACUUCACAAAUUUCUGUUCGACAACAAGAAGAUUGGGCAAUCGUAAGACAUAAUUAUGAAUCAACUACACCACAUUUAUGUAUACUAAUGGAUCUAUUUCAUCAUUAUUAUUCAUUAUAUCCUAAUUCAAAGAUUGAAAUCAAAGAUUUAAGUGGUCAUGUACUUGGCAAAUUUUUUACAGACAUUGAACAAGUGACAAGAUUUGAAUUUCUCGAUCAUUAUGGUACACUAUGGGUAGCUAAUACGACGCAUGCAAUCAUUCCAUUCAACAAAUUAUCAAACAUGGCUGGAUUUUUAGAGCAUUUGGUUUAG